AUGAGAGAUACCAAACAUACCUUUCUCAAACUAGACAAGCUACAGUCGGAAAUUGAAACUUGGUUCCAACAGAGCUCGGCACACGGUGAAUGGUCUAGCAACGGCAAAGAAAUCACCGCGGCCUGGUUGAAGGAGGGAUUAAAGCCACGCAGUAUCACCAGAAAUAUUAAGUGGGGGACACCUGUUCCUUUACCAGGUUAUGAAGACAAAGUAAUUUAUGCCUGGUUUGAUGCGUGCAUUGGUUACAUAUCCAUCACUGCAAAUUAUACCAAUGAUUGGAAGAAAUGGUGGCAGAAUCCUGACAAUGUCCAGCUCUAUCAGUUUCUAGGAAAAGAUAAUGUUGCCUACCAUACGGUUAUCUUUCCAGGCAGCCCGAUUGGCACUCGAGAUACUUGGACUACACUCCAUCAUCUUUCUACGACUGAGUAUCUUACCUACGAAGGCGGCAAGUUCUCUAAAUCCCGGGGAAUUGGUGUGUUUGGAGAUUCUGCACAGAAAACUGGCGUUCAUUCAGACGUCUGGCGCUAUUAUCUUAUCUCUCAUCGCCCUGAGGCCGGUGACACUGAGUUCAACUGGGACUCAUUCAUCAGUGCCAACAAUAAUAUUCUUUUGAAGAAUCUAGGCAAUUUUGUCAGUCGUGUUAUCAAAUUUGUUAAUUCAAAGAACUUCAACAACAUCGUGCCGGAUUACACACAAUACCAUGAAACUUACUUGGUGAUUAUAAUCGCAAUCUUGAAGCCGUUAAAAUCCAUGCUGCGACUUUCCACCGUUCUGUCUAUUUCUCAGCAAGGCAAUUUGUUCCUUCAGUCCAACGGUCUUGACAACAAAUUCGCGGUAAACGAACCCUUGAAGUGCGGGGCCGUUAUUGGGCUUGCGGUGAACUUAAUUCAUCUGCUGGCUUCCCUUAUUUCUCCAUUCAUGCCUGACACUGCAAAGACGAUGAACGAGCAGCUCCGCUCGGAACCUCUACAAAUCCCCGACUUCUGGAAAGGAGACUCCAUCAAAACUGGCCAUGAGAUUGGCAAGGUGGCUUUCCUGUUCAGCAACUUGAAGGCGGAGAAAGGGUCGGGGUGGCGGGGCUUGUUAAGCAAGAGGAUGCCGCAAGAAAAGCGGCAAAGAAAGCAUCAAAGAGUGCCAAAGCAGCAGCAAAGAAGGAAUUGA